AGCGAAAUGUACUUUAAGCUCUAAAGAUAACACAAAGGUCUCAUAAAAUCCUUACUAAAAUACUGUAGGUAAUUAUUGAGACUCUUAACAUUUGAAUUUAUUAGUCGGAGUUUAAUUAUAUUCCUAUCAUUAUGAUGUAUAUGGCACAAUUCCUACUAGUGAUCUCGCUGAUUAUAAUUAAUAUAAAUUAUAAUCUGUCUUUGAAUUGCUACUCAUGUUUACUAUGUCCAGAUCCUUUCGAUCCUUCAUCACGACUGGUACACAAUGAUAGUAAUUGUCAAUGGUGUGCAAAACUUGAAGUUCCACAUUAUUUUAAUCCAAUUAGACAAUGUACACCUAAAUGUGAUUUUGAUUAUUUCAGUGAAACAUACCCUAAACUAACUUAUUAUUGUUGUCAAAAUAAUUAUUGUAAUAAAAGUAACAAAAAUUCAAUAAUAAUUCAUCAUAUACUACUAAUAACUAUCAUUAUUAUUUAUUUAUUUCAUUAUUUCUAAAAAAAAAAUUGAUAAAACAAAAACCAAAAAACAAUCAACAGUACAAUGUUCAAAUCAAAAUGUUUUCAUAAGUUUACAAUCUAAAUUUUACAAUGUUAAUCAUGUGAAAAAGAAAAAAAUAAACACUGUGAUUUCUUUAUUUAAAGAUGAGCCAAAAAAAAAAUUUUUUUUUAUUUUCUUUUUCUUUUUUUUUAGGAUUCAUUAAUUUAUUUUGUUUCAGUUUUGGAAAAAUAAUAAAUUCCAUGUUUACUUUUUA